AUGCCAGAUCAGAUGGGUCUGUCGGCAAUGGCGCAGCUACCGGGGCGGAAAUCGAGCAAGGUGUCGUCGGGGGGUGGCAUCACGCGCGUGACUGGACGAGAGCGGACGCAGCCGAAAGAUGGUGUCAUGCCUAUUCGGGCUAUGAGGUUAUCUGACUUUCCUCUCCAUAGCAGGGGGUUCGUCAGAAGAGGAUGGAGAAGAUAG